CCAGAGUGCGCCUGUGGCACCGAGGUGACGCGGCGGCGCCGGGGGACACCGGGGCCAUGUUCUUCAUCAUCGUCAUCACCUUCGUAGCCAUCACCGUGCUCCUCCUCAUCUUCCACAUCUGCCGCAAGCUGUGCCAGGAGCCCGUGCCCCCCCCCGCCUACAGGAGCCCGCAGGGCCCCGCUCCCGCCCCGCCCUUCCGAGACCCCCAGGGCUCCGCGCCGCCCCCGCUGACCCUGAUGCCCACGCUGCCCAGCCUGCCCAGCGCGGCCAUCCCCGCGGGGCUGGAGCCCCCGCCCUACAGCGAGGUGACAGCCAAGCCCUUCCUGUACCCCCUGCCCGAGGGGCCGUGCCCCGAGUGCGGCCACGACCCCACAGCUCAGCCCCCCUUCAGCACCCGGACCUAGAGGUGACUCCAAGGACAGCUGGUGACAACCCCCACCUCCACUCGGGGGCACACGGACCCUUCGGGACCCCCCGGAUGCCCUGGGCUCAUGGCCCCCCCUUUCCCCGGACCGUCCCACUGAGAAUCCCCCUAUUUAUUAUAUUUAAAAGUGU